UAAAUCGUUGGAGUGAAUAAUCAACCAAUUUAGUUUUCAUAUCAAAUACUCAAUAAUGUCUCCAAUAAGUUACUAAUAAUCAUCACAAUAGGAUAAUGGCAAUGUUUGGUGCACGUUGGGUCCCUUACUCUUUACUGGUUUUUGUGCUAAAUACAAUAUUAACUUCUAAUGGCAAUCAGUUAAAAUUAGACGCAGUAUUAAAUAGAAUAACAAGAUCAGUGGGGACGAAAAGAUGCACGAUAUAUUUAGCUAAUUGUGACGCAUGGAUGUUGAAUUUCACUGCGAAUUCAAGUCCUAACAAUACUCUCAACAAAAACAACUUCACCUUGGAUGACCGAAUCCUAAUUGUUUCUGCUGAAGCGUGUUCUAUCCCCAUCACCACAAAUAAUACAAGCAGAAGUGCAGUUGAUUUGAAGCUAUUCGUUCCAAGAUUUUAUAAGAGGUGUUUAAUUGUGAUCACUCCAAUUAUUGUGCGGAAUUUGUUGUUGAAUAAUAAGGACGCGUCAAUAGUAAAUAAUAUGUCAUGCCUAUACAAACAAAUAUUUAUAAAUCUGGGUCACGAUUACUUCAUCUUCCUUAACAUGAGUCCAUCUCUGCUAAUACGAAAUAAAUCGGAAACGGUGAAACACAAUCUUAGAAGAAUCAAGAGAAUGCUAUUUUUGGAUGUAAAUGAGACUUUUGUUCAAUUAUCGUACACCUUCUGUCUGUAUUGUCUUCCAAAGGAUACUGUACAAUUUGUGAAUUUAGAAGAAACUAGUCAAUCUAAGGAGAGAUAUUUUCCCAAUCAUUUUUCCAAUUUGCAAAACUACGUCUUUCGUGUCACCCUAUCAAACGGAUGCUCCAAGCAGGACGAAGAGACAAUCACUAAAAAUUGGCGUGAAUUCUAUUUUCUACGAAUGCUAGGACAAAAGCUAAACUUUAGUUUCCACUUUAUUGAAAAAUGGCAGAAAUUUUCGUAUGGCGUCCCAACAUCGAAUGGAGCAUGGAGUGGGAUAGUGGGUCAUAUUGUAAGUGGUCAUGCCGACCUUUCUGGUGCAGUUGCAAUGACAUGGGAGAGGAAUUCAGUACUGGAAUUUACAUCCUCAUUGUUCUACAUUUGGCUCACCUUCACAACGGGUGGACAUAAAAUUGACAAAUCGUGGGAUCCAGUAAUUCUUCGAACCUUCGAUCAAGAUUCUUGGAGAUACCUAAGUUUUACAUUUCUUGGAUUUGCUUUUGUUUGGACUGCUUUAAAAAAGAUCUCCGCUUCCACUAAUAAUUCGAUAAGAAAGUCAGGAAACUCAUCUGCAAUUUCCUUUUGGCAGAUAUUGGAGCAAAUGUACUUCAUUUUUCUUGGCCAGCCCUUCAACCGAUCGAGUAGGCGAUGUGAAAACACUUCUGCCGGAGUUCUCGUGAUUAUUUGGUCCUUUGCUUGUAUGAUAAUUUCGACAUUUUUUGUGUCUAAACUGACGCAAUUCUUAACCUGUCCACUGGUCACGCCACCCCCGUCCACUUUUGACGAACUCUCAUUGUCGGAUUAUGCUGUGGAAAUGCAUUACACAUUAAAAGGUGGGGCUGGUGAAACGUACUUGUCCUCAGAUAACGCGUCCAACGUAACCAAAAAGUUGUACGAGAUGAGCAAUCGAAUCAACGAAUCUUCAUCAUUUGUUGGAUGCUUCUUGAAAGGACUAAUUUCAAAUCGGGCAUGUAUUGGCUACAAUGUUUACGUCGAUCUAGCUAACGAAUAUUACUCUGCAGUGACUAAUAAUAAUCUGCCAGGAUUCACGAUUGCACCAGAUGUCAACUUUUUUGUGCCCACAUGUAUCGUUAUGGAGAAAGGGUCCGUUCUACCCCCCGUUUUCAGUCCAUAUAUUAAUCAUGCAGUAGAAACUGGUUGGCCAAGUCAUUGGAGAAGAUUGACAAUUUAUCAACUGAAAACUAAUGGAAUAUGUGACCCGAAAUUGGAAAGAUCUGAUAUUGAAAAUAUACAGCAAGGCAUUCAUCAGUAUUCACGAGGGAAUUCUCGUGAUUUUCUAAAGCUUGAAGAGUUGAUGAGUUUAAAACACAUUUUCACUCUUAACAUUCUUCUGAUAGGAAUUGCAUUUAGCAUCGAAAUGUUGACUGAAAAGGCUAAAUUAUUGGUCCGUAGUGUAAAGUUCAGGGUGAUAUUGUUAAUAAUGAUAUUCCCCUCAACCACCAACAACUACUUACCUUAAAUCUACAAUUAUCUAUUUGCUAUACAACAAAGUUUCACCUAUUUCACCUACAUAUUUGUGAAUACUCGGUAUUUAUAUACACUUGGCACCAAUUUCCACUUUAACUUGUGUAUAUUUAUUUAAGUGGAUUCCUUAAAACGGCAGUGUAAGUCUGACACCUGCGUUUAUUGAUUUAAAAAAGUGGCUACUCAUGCUGCCUGCCAGGAUUUCUUAAAUUUUCAGACGGUUCUAAGGCCAAGCUAAUUUUGUAUAUGGAUAUAUAUAGGAUCUGUUAACGUCAAUAUUAUUAUGUGUAUCAAAUCGAGUAUAUAGUUUAAAUCCUGCUGCCAGAGCUAAAUUUGGCAUUCCAAUUAAAUUAUUUCCGGUCAAACAGCUUCUUAAGCCUUUAAUAUAUGUAACGACAAGAUGAGAGUGAAAGAAUGCAUGAAUUUCUCUAAAGAGCUAUUGAGACGGUUGAUUACUCAUCGUAAUCACGUAUUUAUAAGUGGUUAUACAUUAGGUGUCUGUCUGCAAAUAUAAACACGUACAUAGGAUGGAAAUGCGAUACUUCAAUGCGUAAUGGAUUUUAUCUAGAAAGCGUUUUGUUUUUACCGAAUGAUAAAAUGCACACCAAGGAUGAGAUGAAAGUGCAUAGUUUGUUGUAGGUACAAUGGUUUGUUUAAACGUUUUACACGACAAACGACAAACCUUUCUCAAACAUUUUUUGACACUGACUUUUACUUUAGGAAGUUACCUACUUAUUAAAUAUAUCCUUAAACUUGUGCCCGUAUUUUGUGGAUUCAAGAAUUUCCAAUUAUCACCGAGAAGCUAUUAAUUCAGACAAGAAUCACUCAACGGUCUCAUUGUGCUUUGGCAUAUCGACACAACUACACUUCAAUUUUAACAUCUUUCCCAGAGCAAAAUAAAAUGACUUUCAGUAUGAAGAUCAUUUAUUGUGUUGCAAUAAUUUCCAUCCAAUUUUUAAUUACAAUCAGUGCUCGGAAUGUUCUAAACUCUGAAAUUACUUUCCCAACUCCACAGCCAUCUCAGGACAGCGUUGUUGAAGGCAGGUCCUUUCUAGCAGAAAUCUCAGAUUUCUCUGGAAGAAGUUUGAUUAUCAAAAGUUUACUCCUGGCUCCAUUAGGAAUUGCGCUAGUUCUACUUUCAGGACUUAUUUUACUUCCAAUUCCCGUAAUUUCUACUGGAAGGGGAAUAAAAAAUGGUAAUAAUGCAGUCGACCUAGUCAAAAAAGUUAUCACGAGCGAGGAGUGCGUGGAGAGAAUUUCAUGCGAAAUUUCCACUUUCACGAGAAAUUACGAGGCAACAUCCUGGAUUCCCAGAAGGAUCGAGACAUUUAUGAAGAACAGUAGCUUGCAUGAAAAAAUCUCCCGUGGGUUCAGUGCCAUUGACAAAUGCAAACAGUUUACUUGUCACCCAAUGAGAUUGCCAAAAAGAUCGGAUAGAACCAGCACACAUAGCAAACUGCAUAAAUAAAUUAUUCAAUACAAGGUUAAUUGUUACAAUAAUUAAACAUAUGUAUUUGUUGUGUUUUUAUACCAAGGUUUUUAUCAAUUUUAUUUAUUUUAACGAAUAACAAAGUGUCUGACAUAGUAAAUUGA